AUGAAUGGAAAAUACAGUUCACCAAUAGAUAUAAUUGAAUUUUUCAGUCUUGUUUAUACUCUGAGCGAUUUCCUCACAUUGCCAAAUCUUCGUACGCUCCAUAUCCGAGAAGCACUAACAUUAGCUGAUGUUCCACCAGUGGAUAAAAUCUGCGCUCCAAUUGAAGAUCUUCGAAUUUGCACACAUCGAAUGCGUAUCCGACAAUUGCUGACCAUAUGUCGAGCCUUAGCAACUACUUUGCGACGUUUAGAAUUGUUACUUACUGUUAUCGUGCCGGAAGGAGCUGCUACAUCUGAAAAUCGUAGUGCUGCUGUUAUAGAAGUAGCAGAAACAAUGAUUACUAUGGAACAUUUGAGUCAUUUGACGCUUGCACGAGCUUUUCUUAAGCCUUCGACAAGCGAACAAAUAUUUGAGCUCUUAAAAAUGUUUCAUUCACUGUCAACAAUAACAUUCGAAGCACUAAUUUUAAAUGAUUUCAUACAACUUGCAAAUGUUCAUCUACCGCCAUCAGUAAAACGAAUUGUCGUAAUAGAAUCAAUCAAAAUCGAUCUCUCAUGGUAUCCACUUAAUUCAGUUUCUAUGGAAUUCUUUGACGUUUUCAACGAUGAAAGAAUGCCAAUACUACAAGAUGUGUGCCGUAAAGUACGACGUGAGAUCACGUUCCAGCUUGGCCGUCUUCGUGGAUUUGGUUCAGCAACUGUAAAUUUCCAGUUGAGUCUUGUACGUAUUUUGGCGAAUAAGGUGUUACCAUUGCGGUUUGGAAGCCGAAGAAACGAUUGCCGUGUAUUUCUUUGGAAAGAACGUAUCCUCACACGUAGAGAAUAUUUAAAGAUGAAUGAUAUAAAUAUUGAUGGGAUUAUGUGA